AUGAGAUUCGUUCUUCAUCUUGCUCUAGCGUCCCUCGCUGCGGGUGUCUCCAUCCGUAGCCCAUCCGUAAGUUUGUACGAAGGGACCAAAGUUUACCAUGUCAAAACCGGAAGACAUGUAGCGGAUGUCCAGGAGAGGCUCGCAAAACUGUCUCACAACGUGUGGGAGUCAGCCUCUGACCAUAUCGAUGUUGCAAUACCUCGACACGAAGUGGCCCGGUUCGAAGCAUUGGGCUUGAACUCACGAGUUCUUCAUGCAGAUCUCGGAGCUUCAAUCGCUUCUGAGGCUGAGGUCAGGUCGUAUUGGAAGAGACAGGAUUACAACACCAGCGGUGACUGGUUCGAUAGCUACCACCCUUACGAAGACCAUAUCGAGUACUUCAAGCAGCUACAAGAGUCAUUCCCUGAGAAUUCGAACUGGACUAGCUCAGGUACUUCUUAUGAAGGUCGUGAUAUCUACGGUAUCCAUAUGUGGGGCGCCGAUGGUCCGGGGAAACCCGCUGUACUCUGGCAUGGCACCGUCCAUGCUAGAGAGUGGAUCGUUGCACCGACACUGGAGUACAUAACCAAGCAGCUCGUCGAUGGCUACAAGUCAGGUGACAAUCUAACACAGACCUUUCUGAACAGCUACGAUUUCUACAUCUUUCCAAUUGUCAAUCCGGAUGGCUUUGUCCAUACUCAAACAACAGACAGACUGUGGCGGAAGAACCGUCAGCCGCCCCCAGCUACUGCUGCGAAUCAGACCUGCUACGGACGUGAUAUCAACAGGAACUGGGAGCACAACUGGGAUGCCAAUACACGUGGAGCUUCUGACAAUGAGUGCUCGCAGACCUACCGUGGUGUACGACCACGUGACGCCCCAGAGAAUGCUGCGAUGGACGACUUCCUCCGCAACAUCCGUGACGAGCAGGGUAUCAAGCUCUACAUCGACUGGCACAGCUAUAGCCAGCUUAUCCUCUGUCCGUUCGGCCAUAAUGAGUACCUUUAUGCGCCGGAGCUUGGCAGAUGGACACGUGCUGCCUCUUUGAUGAGCCAGGAGAUUGCAGCAAAUUCCACCAACCAGACUACCUAUACCUUCGGACCCAGUGGUGCUGUACUUUACCCCACCACCGGUGUGGGUGUUGACCAUGUCUAUGCUGUAGGCCGAGCUGAGUGGUCCUACACCAUCGAAUUGCCCGACACUGGUGACUUUGGCUUCGUGCUUCCCCCUGAGCGCAUUCGACCCACUGUCGAGGAGUCGUGGGUGGGUCAAAAGGUUCUGCUGAGUCUGUUGGACGAGACUUUCUUUGACGGAGAAGGACCUGCAAUCUUCUAUUGA